AUGGCUGCUGACGGUGCUAAUGCGUUUCGUGGUGCGCUCGGGCGGAUUGGAUGGUCUGUUCCUGCGGCGAACGUGUUUACGAACAAAGGUUUUGAUGCGAUGGACUCCCUUGGCUUGGUUACUUGUGACCGUCUCAAGGAUAUCUGCAAGAUCAUUCGUCGCGGUACCGAUGGUGUGGCCUCAGUGCCAGCUGCUGGUGGAAACGCUGCGGUGGCGGCGGCGCCUGGCACCCCUGGGAUAGCGAUCCCCAUGAUGUGGGAGUACAAGCUAAGCGGAAUGCAUCUCUGGGUGUCUGAGCGUCUCCGACAGGGGACUCCGGUUGUUGCGGCGGACUUUACUGCGGCUAUCGGAAACCUGUACACCAGGAAGUUGUUGGUCAACUAUUUGAGCUCCGUGACGGGUGUUAACAAAGUGCCAUUGGAUUAUGUCGUCCGGAAAGAUGACAACGUCGCUGCACCGGAUACCGAGUUCGAGACGGAGCACGAGAAGUUGGUGCUGUUGACUCCCCAUACGGGGACGGCGUUCGACAAGGGCAACGGGAAAGUUUGGAUCCAGGUGAAACAGUUGACUGUAAACGGUCCAGCGUGGACUUAUGUUGCGCCUUUCGAGAAGAAACGCGACGGUCGUGGAGCGGUCAAGGCUUUGAAUAGUCACUAUGAAGCUGAUGCGGUGAUGUCCAAGUCCAAGGCGGCUGCAUUCGAUGUGCUCGAGCAUACCACCUACACUGGCGAGCGUCGUAACUUUGGGAUGGAAAAGUACACAAAUGCUUUGUCAAUGGCGUUCCAGACUCUUGACACGUACGGCGAGACAUUGACGGAGUGUCCAGGAAGGAGGAUGUCUUCUUGCGCAAUCACCAUUGCACAGAUCCUAAGAUGCUCUCGGGAUGUCACGGUAUCCUACCUAAUGACAUGUCUUGUGGACAUACAAUGUACAAGGAUGGAGAUCCACGUGUGA